UGAAAAUAAUUCCAUGUAGUCGAAAAAUGUCUGUGGAAACUAAAGCUAUGGAUAAUAAUUUGCCAUUACCGCCUGAUAAAAUGCCAAAAUGUUGGAACGAAGAAGAAAGAAUGAAUGCUUUGUUUUCUCCUUUUCGAAGUAAAUCUGCCAAUCCACAAGACUGGACAUCUAAAUACAAGUUUUGGCAAAACCUAAUAUAUGAAUGGUUGAAGCAUAACAUGCAAUCCAGUUUCUCUAUCGCAGACUUAAAUGUUGCUUUUAAAAGGAAAGGUUGCACUCCGCUUUGUUUGACAUCUGUUGUUGAAGAACUGCUCAAAAAUGGUGAAAUAAUUCCAGAAACUGAAUUUUUAAAAGAACCAUGCGAUUCUUGGACAUCAUGGUCAAUUGAUAUAUUUGUAAAGAGACCGUUUGUAUGGUCAUUUUCAAAAGUUAAAAGUUACGUUGUAAGCAAUGAAAUUAAUAAAGAAACUAGAUAUAUUCAUUUGCAAAUUAUUAGUGAAUUAGCAGAAUCAAUAUUUUUUAUUUUGAAAGACGAAAAGGAAAAUCUUCUUGUACCAUUUUCUGAGGUACUAAAAAGUUGUAAAUCUAAAAUGAACAAAAAUAUAUCUGAUAAUACUGUCAUGUUAGUUUUAAUAUGGUUAAGACGUAAAAAAAAAGUGGUCUUUACAAAUAAUAUAAAUGAAAAUGAGUUGUUAAUUAAGAUUGCUGUACACUCGUCUGAUAAUAUAACAGAAAUUGAGGAAGCACUGUAUAAAUUAGAGAAACAAGAAAAUGAGCUUGUAAACGAGAUACAUCUCAUGGAAGAAAAAAAAAUCGAUAUCAUUAAUCAGUCCAAAUCUUACUUAGCAAAAGGAUUAAGACAAAUGGCAAAGACACAUUUAAGAAAAAAAUUCGAGUUAGAAAAUACCAUUGAAAAAAGAGUGCAGACUCUUGAGAACAUUCGAUCCCUUGUAUUAAGUAUUCAGAAUACUCAUACAAACACUGCUGUAUUGUCAGCCUACAAAACAGGAUCUGAUGUGUUAAAGAAAUUAAACGAAAGCGAUAUAUCAGAAUCUAAUGUCAAAGAUAUUAUGGAUAACUUGUCAGAGGCCUUGGAAGAACAAAACGAAGUACAACUUAUGUUAUCAGAGAAUUUGAAAAACGAUAUUUCCGAUAUUGAUCUAGAACAAGAAUUAGAGGAAUUAAUGAAACUUGAUGAAGACUCUUUGCCUUCAAUACCAAGUGAAAAAUUAAGUUCUAAUAUUGAUGAACUUGAACAAAGAUUAAAAAAUUUGCAAGUUGAAAGUACUCCUACAUCUAAUGUUGCUUCAUUUGAGUCAUCAUCGCGAAAUGUUCGUAACAAAGAAACAUUAAGGAACCUAGAAUAUGUGUGAUCUGUGAAUGUCAAUAAAUUAUUAGCAAAAUUUUAUUAAUAGAAUACAUGUAUAUCCAUUUAUUUACUUACAUCAUGUUUUAUUUUUUAAAUUGCUUCACAUACAAAUAUUUCUUGUAAUAUAAUAGUAUUUAUUAAGGUUUUAUAUAAAUGCAUUCUGUAAGAGUAUAUAACCUAAUCGUAUAAAAUAUGUGAUUUUACACGAAUCCAUUCAAAAUAUUAUUUUUAAUAUCGUA